UUUCCUUUUUCAUUCGGGUUGGACCCCGGAGGAAAGCUUAUUGGGCUAAAUUUGGGCUUAUGAAUUCUGACCAAGACCCAUAGUCUGCUUUCAAGGCCAAUGACGAUAUUGAAAAUUGAAGAAAUAUUGGGGAGAAAUCUGUAGUUUUCGAUUUUCGAAACGAAGCGUAGCUGGUCAAUUCACUCUCUCAGCCACUGCUCUGCUCUUCCAUCUUCGGCUCCAUUUCCACAAAACCUCUCCGGUAAUCUCAAUCCGAAAUUUCGAAAAAGGGGAAAAAAAAAAGGGAAAACGAAAAUGAAUCUCUUGCGAAACGCAAUCAAAUCGCACGUUUCGGUUCGAACGAUCAGGCCAAUGCAAGCCUUACCAUCAUUCCUAAGAGCAUCGCCGAAAAGUUUCUCCACCGGGACGGAUGAGCCUCAGCCGCCACAACCCGACGCCUCCGUCAAUCAAUUUAUGGAAUCUGCAAGCAAAGGAUUCGUUUUUGCGAAACUCCAUGGAAUCACAAAGCAUACAAUGAAGAGCGAUGUAAUGAACUUGCUUGAAGGGUGUGAUCUAACGGCUGAUGAUAUUAAAGUUCACUACAGCCGCAGCUUUUCUCCUUUUGGAAUGAUGUUGCGGUUUUCAUCACCUGCUGCAUUUAGUAAUGCAGCAAGGACCAUUCGGAGGUUUGAUCGGCUUUACAGGUUGGAGAAGGUUGAAGCUUCUGAUUGGGAUAUUGUUCCACCACAUAAUGGCAAAACUGUAAGUCAAAGAAUUGAGAUUUUAUUCUCUUUAGUUUUCAGUCGAACUUGA